AGUAGUUUUUCAUAAAGGAGGGAUUAUAUCUUUUAAACUUGUUAAAACUAAAUUGUAGUGUGAAAACAGAAUAAAAAGAAUUAUGGCAACAAGUAUAUCUAUGCAGUUACUGGACUUUACGAUAGAAGGAGAUUUUCGUAAGGCAAAAGCUUUAUGUGAUGAAGCAACUGUGGAAAUUAACACGCUCGUAGAAAAAUGCGGUAAACAUUUCACAGACAGACAGCAACAAACUAUUGAGGAAGUUAGAAAAGUAAUAAACAGUUUGGUCAACAACCAGACAAAAUCAGCUAAAGUGAUAGCAACGUCAACAACUCCGAGGUUUUUUCAGCAUAUCGUAGCAACCUAUUUUAAGAGAGAGUCAAUGGAGGAAGUUCAAUCAUCUGAUAGAUCUAAUGGCAUUCAAAAACACAGCCAUGAGCAGAAAGGCGAAGAUAGUCGACACUUUGAACAAAAUAUGGUUAGUGGUCGGCGCAUGCAUACGAAUAGACAGUCGGACGGUGAAGUAUUUCAGAGAGAGCAAAGGCAAAUGAAGGAGGUUCAUCCAUCUGAUCGAUCUCGUGGCAUUCAAAAACACAAAAUCCAUGAGCAAAAAGGCGAAGAUUGUCAACAAAAUAUGGUUAGUGGUCGGCGCAUGCAUGCCAAUAGACAGUCGGACGGACCACGAGCGGCAAUUGGAGAUAAUAAUCAGACAGAAACACAUCAGAUCGGCACACAUGAAGAAUAUCAAAAAAUCAAGCUGGGUAAACAA